AUGUGGGCGGUGAAUUCGUCACUGACGUUCGAGCACGAUUCGAUGAAUCCCGAUAUCGUGCUAUCGUUUCGGAAGGGUUUUCACACGUUCGUAGAUCCUCGACAUCAAGGUAGCCGAAUAUGUCCGUCCGAAGUGUCGGAGGUGCACAUCGAGCUGACCGCUAAGCCUGACGAUACGAUUCAUCUGCUACAUACGUUGACGCACGAGAUCGGCCACGCGUUAGGAUUACAUCACAGUCCUCAGAAAAAUGCGAUAAUGUAUCCCUUCUAA